AUGGCCGCUCCGGCUCCCACCGCUUCACCUCUUUCCUGCUCAGUGUGUGAAAUGUUUAGUUAUUCCUCUGCCUCCUUUAGUGAAGACGGUAAGUGCUUAAAGUGUAGUUUAUUUGCAGGGCUGGAGGCGAGGCUCAGUCAGUUAGAGGUCCGGUUCGGCCAACUAAACCAUAGUCCGAGAGCCUCCUCAGCUAACCAGGCUAAGCUAGCGGCGGACCGGCCCGUAGCAGCUGAGCGUAACCGCUCCCCUGCAGCUCCCGAGCAGCCGGCCAGGCAGGCCAGGCAGGGCAGCUGGGUGACGGUUCGGAGGAAGACUAGUCUUAAAGGGCUCACGGAACACCACCACCCGCUUCAUGUGUCUAACAGAUUUUCCCCACUUAGCGACACAUCUGUUGAGAAACCGACCCUGGUGAUUGGAGACUCCAUAGUCAGACAUGUGAAGCCGACUCCAGAGACCUUAGUUAGGUGCAUCCCGGGGGCCAGAGCGGGCGACAUAGAAGCAAAUUUGAAGCUACUGGCAAAGGGUAAUCGUAAAUAUGGUAAAGUUAUCAUCAAUGUCGGAGCUAAUGACUCCCGUCUUCGCCAGUCGGAAGUAACCAGAAUGAAUAUUGUCUCGGUGUGUAACUUCGCCAAAACCAUGUCAGACUCCGUAGGUUUUUCUGGCCCCCUCCCCAAUCUGACCAGCGAUGACAUGUUUAGUCGCAUGCUCUCGCUCCGCCGCUGGUUGUCUCAGUGGUGUUCAGAAAACGACGUGGACUUUAUUGACAACUGGGAGACAUUCUGGGGAAAGCCCGGUCUGAUUAGAAGGGACGGCAUUCAUCCCACCCGGGAUGGUGCAGCUCUUAUGUCUAGAAAUCUGGCCAAUGUUAUUAGACACUCCCCCUGACAAUGCAGGGUCCAGGCCAGGAUGCAGAGCUGUAGUUUAACAGGGCUGGA